CCAAAAUGCAAUUUCACUGGCCCUUCAGGGAAGACAAUUUGCAGAGAAAUACGGCUGACAGCUUCUAAGUCUUCAAAUUUCAUAUUUGCCCGUGAUGCUCAGUAUCCACAAAAUACCAACCCAGCUACCAAAAAAACUGGAGUCACACCGCCAACGAGCGAUAAAGUAUCCCACUUCUUCCGGUGCAGCUGAUAUACCGUACACAGUCAAUGGAUUUCGAGGAAAUGUUUACUUUGAGCCAUUACAAAUAGUGAAAUUAUCAACAAGAAACUCAAUCGAAAAGCCAUCUAAAAUUUCUUCCACAAAGAGCUACCCAGCUGAUGAAAGACUCCUGACAAGAUGGAAUGGACAUUGGUGCACAGGGAACCAAACUUCUCUGAAAGAUAAGUCUCCCAGUUUCAGAUCAGUUGGUGCUUCCCCUCGACAACUUGGCAGCCUGAGACAGCUUUCCAUUCUGGACAAGAAUGCAGUUCUGUCAAAACACAACCAGCAUCUCUCUGAGGACCUUGCCUGGAUCUGUAGUCUGGAAUCACUUGGGAGCCUCAGAACACGAGUCCCCAACAGCAAACCCAAGAAAAGAAUCAAUUAUCCAAUCAGUCAAUUCUGUAAGGGUGUAGUGUCCAGAGCACUGAAGAACUCAAGUGAAUUACCUUUAAUAAAUGGCUCUAAUUACAUCACCUGUGGGUUCGUGAUUCAUCAUUUUGGUUUACGGAGCAACGAUGCAAUUGUGUCCAAGGGCGAUGUGAACCCUUAUGCCUGUGAGCUGGGAUUCAGUACCACGGAUAGAGGUAGCGCCUCGCCGGAGACCCGCGACGGGACAUCGUUCUGCCGCAAACGAAGUACUGUACAAAAGAACAAGCUGCGUACAAACGUUCUCACAGAGUUCCCUAACGGAAAAUUAUCCGUGUACAAAUUUAAUCGGAGUUUCAAGGUCGCAAAGAACAACGACGUUUUCGCUUUCACUGCGGUCCGAGUGUUCGACAACGAUUAUCGACAGCAUUCAGAGUCAAAUUUAUAUCGCAAUCUUAUAUCACGUGAACAUCGGAGUUCUGCUGUUUGCUGCAGCAGUAAGGUGCAGCGGCUUAACGUUGCUGUAUAUUACACAACAAUUAAAUAG